AUGUAUUCUACUCUGGACGGCUGCGAUUGCACGAUGGGUGACAAUCGCGCCGAGGUUCAGUGUGACAUACUGCAGCAGAUUACUAAAACAGAACCAGUUGAGCCUACAUUGCCCAUUAGGUUUUUCAUCCCUAUUCGAAAAUUUGAUGUCUUGAGGAGUUUCAAAUCAACUUUCAUCUCUGCAAGAUCAAAUUCAUCGAAAGGAUUGCUGAAGCAGGCAGCCAUGACAGACUAUAAGCAGGAGCAGGACAUGGAAAUUGAGGCUUUAGAAGCCAUUCUCAUGGAUGAUUUUAAAGAAAUUCAUUCUAGUGAGAGCGGCCUAAACACUUCAAACAGAUGCUUCCAGAUAACCCUGUAUCCUCAGGAUGACGAGGCAGAUGAAUCUACUGUCCCACCAGUUCAGUUGGGAUUGAUAUUCUCGCAUACAGAAAAUUAUCCCGAUGAACCUCCACUUAUCAGUGUCAAAAGUUUGAAAGGAGUCCCGUCCGGAGAUCUUAAAGUUCUGAAAGAAAAGCUUGAAAACGAGGCGGCUGAAAAUCUCGGUAUGGCAAUGGUCUACACAUUAGUAACGUCAGCUAAAGAAUGGCUUUCUGAAAGAUUUGCACAAGAUGCUGGAGAUGAGGAUUCUGAGGAAGAUGAGGCUGCAAAAGACGAGAUUAUCGUGCCACAUGGAGAAGCUGUGACUGUUGAGACAUUUCUGGUGUGGAGAGAGAGGUUUGAAGCAGAAUUAGCACUUGAGAGAGCCAAGUUAAUGCCGGAUUCAGCACUUGCUGCGCCAAAGGAGAAAAAACUUACUGGCAGACAGUGGUUUGAAAGUGGACGAGCUAGCUCGAAAGGUGCAGCACAUACUGCUGAGGGUUCUGAUGAAGAGGACGAAGAGGAUAUUGAUUUUGACGAUGAUGACUUUGACGACGAUGAAGAGGACAUGCUUGAGCAUUAUCUGGCUGAAAAAUCGGACACAUCUGCACAUUCUUCAAAACGAGCCAAUUAA